AUGAUUGGCAAGCUCUUUCGAUUAUUUCUUUAAUAUUCUUUUGCAGAUGCUCUUGAUAACUGUUGGUAAAAAGCUUCUUGCUUGAAUAAUUAAGCAUUCUCAAUCUUAAUCCAAAAAAUAAAAAAUUUAUUAAUUUGUGCUUUAGAUGAUAGAUGUAAUUUAUAUUUUCAUAUAUUUAGUGUAAUGA